AGGAAACAAAUGGUGAAAUCCCUUCAAGAGAUAGCUAAUGUAAGGAUUUACACACAAUCUAUUUCUAGAAACCUUUGACUGAAUCACAAUAAGUUGAGUUAUUUGAUUGGUUUGAGGAUUAUUGCAUUUCAUAGGCUAGGAAAUUUAAAUAGUAAAAAAACAAAAGUUUAUUCAUCAAAUCAAUCCAAGCAAUCAAGAAUGACUAAGCUAGAGAAUUAAAUGAGAAUUAAAAUAGACAACUAUCUUAACCAAUUAGCAAAAAAGUAAAAGUUAAUGAUAACCAAAAUAAUGAAAAACACUAUACGUAAAGUGACCACGAAGAAGACCCUGAACCUAUUUCAUAAGAGAACACUUCGAAUUAAAAGUAGAUUUAAAUUGUAUUUUUCACUUAGUCAAACUGACUAAUUGAUGUUACUCUUACUAUUGACAGCAGUAAAUCAAUAACAAAAAACUACAGAAAAUCAAUCGUAGGUAAAAGUACAAAAUUUAUCAUUAAAUUUAAUUAGCAGAACAAUAAUCUCAUCAAUGAAAGGUGCAGGUACUUUCCAAAUUGUACCAACAAGCAUUGUUAAUAUGUUCAUCCUAAAAUCAAAGUAUUAGAUUAGAAAUUUCAUAUAGUGCAAAUACUUUCCGCAUUGUAAAAAGGGAAAUAAAUGCAUUUAUAUGCAUCAGCAAUGCAAGCAUGGAAUUCAUUGCAAAAACCCUUAAUGCAGUUAUGAACAUCCAUAUAAAAAAAAAUGA